GAGAGGCGAGCGAGCGAGCGAGAGCCAGAGCCCGAGCGGAGCGGGAGGGAAGGGAGGAAGGCGGGCGCACGCCGAGGCUCGGGCGCCGGCAUUCCAUUAGGAGAAAAGUGAGCCGACCGAGGGGCAGCGGGAGAAGGUGGUUUUUUUGAACAUUUCCCUCGUCUGGAGCUAAAGAAGCGACUCGGGUCUCUGCGCCCUCCAAGCUCCCGCUGGAUCGCUCCCUGGCGCUUCCCCACGUCUGUGGAUUGCUCUCCUGUUUGCGUUUUAUUCUGACCCCCGCCCUCGUCGCUGCCUUCCCACCGCCCGCUCUCCCGCCGCCUCUCCCCCGCCUCCCCAGGCCCCUCCGGAGGAGCCCGGGCAUCGGACCGCGGGGACCCGGGCCGGCUGAGCGCAGGACCGCUGUCGGCUGGGGAGCGGCACCCACAGACACACCUGUGUGUCCAUCCUAGCGGGCGAGGGGCGUCCGGAGGGCCCGCCGCCCCCCGUCUCCACCCCCUCCGGCCUGGGGCGAGGAUCGCAGGACCCCGGAUCGCUCCACCGGGUGGACUCGCUGGGAUCGCCGCCUUGGAUUCGGGGCUGAUGAUCGCUGCUGGGCUAUAGUAUUGUCAUUUUUAUUUUAUUAUUUUUUUUACCCAAGGGAAAAAAGACAAAAACACAAAACUGUGGGAUUUAUCUAACAUGAUCUUGGCAAACGCCUUCUGCCUCCUCUUCUUUCUAGACGAGACCCUCCGCUCUUUGGCCAGCCCUUCCUCCCUGCAGGGCCCCGAGCUGCACGGCUGGCGCCCCCCGGUGGACUGUGUCCGGGCCAAUGAGCUGUGUGCCGCUGAGUCCAACUGCAGCUCCCGCUACCGCACGCUUCGGCAGUGCCUGGCCGGCAGGGACCGCAACACCAUGCUGGCCAACAAGGAGUGCCAGGCGGCCCUGGAGGUCCUGCAGGAGAGCCCGCUGUAUGACUGCCGCUGCAAGCGGGGCAUGAAGAAGGAGCUGCAGUGCCUGCAGAUCUACUGGAGCAUCCACCUGGGGCUGACCGAGGGGGAGGAGUUCUACGAAGCCUCGCCCUACGAGCCGGUGACCUCCCGCCUCUCCGACAUCUUCAGGCUCGCCUCCAUCUUCUCAGGGACCGGGGCGGACCCGGCCGUCAGCGUCAAGAGCAACCACUGCCUGGAUGCCGCCAAGGCCUGCAACCUGAACGAGAACUGCAAGAAGCUGCGCUCCUCCUACAUCUCCAUCUGCAACCGCGAGAUCUCGCCCUCCGAGCGCUGCAACCGCCGCAAGUGCCACAAGGCCCUGCGCCAAUUCUUCGACCGCGUGCCCAGCGAGUACACCUACCGCAUGCUCUUCUGCUCCUGCCAGGACCAGGCGUGUGCCGAGCGCCGCCGGCAGACCAUCCUGCCCAGCUGCUCCUACGAGGACAAGGAGAAGCCCAACUGCCUGGACCUACGCAGCGUGUGCCGGACCGACCACCUGUGCCGGUCCCGGCUGGCGGACUUCCACGCCAAUUGUCACGCCUCCUACCAGACGCUCACCAGCUGUCCAGCCGACAAUUACCAGGCGUGUCUGGGCUCCUAUGCGGGCAUGAUUGGGUUUGACAUGACGCCCAACUAUGUGGACUCCAGCCCCACUGGCAUCGUGGUAUCCCCCUGGUGCAGCUGUCGGGGGAGUGGGAACCUGGAGGAGGAGUGUGAGAAGUUCCUCAGAGACUUCACCGAGAACCCCUGCCUUCGGAACGCCAUCCAGGCCUUUGGCAACGGCACAGAUGUGAACCUGUCCCCCAAAAAUCCCUCAUUCCCAGCCACCCAGGCCCCUAGGGUGGAGAAAACACCUUCUUUGCCAGAUGAUCUCGGUGACAGCACCAACCUGGGGACCAGCGUCAUCACCACCUGCACAUCUGUUGAGGAGCAGGGGCUGAAGGCCAAUAGCUCCAAAGAGCUGAGCACGUGCUUCACAGAGCUCACCACCAACAUCAUCCCAGGGAGUAACAAGGUGAUCAGACCCAACUCAGGCCUCUGCCGAGCCAGCCCGUCGGCCGCCUUGACCGCUCUCUCCUUCCUGAUGUGGAAGCUGGCCUUGUAGGCUCUGGGCGCGGCAUCUGGAGGUUUCCGAAAGCUACAUGGACGAGAGCACCCGCCUGCUGAAAGGACACACACACACACACACACACACACACACACACACACACACACUGCAAAACAUUUUUCCCCACCUUGUCUCUGAAUCUGUCUGUUCCCAGGUUUCUUCUCUGGAGAAGUUUUUCUAAACCAGACAGACAGUAGGCGGGCAGCCUGAGAGCCUCCUGGACGGCCCCUGGCAAGGGCACCCCAGCGCCAAGGCGGGCACGAAGGUUUAGACAUGCCCCACACCUUCUCCUGGCGUUUUCCUCUCUGGACCCUGACGAGACCCCUGCGGCUAAGGGACUGUGGCCGUGCCUGAUGCAGUCAGAGGCAGGACAGUGGCCACUGCUCUUCUCAAGUGGCCCACUCUGGGGACUUGCUGGGGCUGGUGAGGGGCGUCAGGUGGCAGAGCAGUGAGGCUGGCCCCUGGGUCCAACUGGGCACCAGUAGCACCUCCACAGGGCUUUGAGCGUGGAGUUUAUUUUGCCCGCCCUCUGGGCUGGGCGGGUCUGCUUCUGGCCUGGGGAAGGGUGUGCACGGAGGUCCCACUGUGGCAUGGGCUGGGCAGCUCCAGGGCCUUGGAGGCUCAGCCCCCCUGGGACACCCCUUCAGGAGGAGGGAGCAAUGCUUGCCAGCAGCUCGGGGCUGCCGCUUCCUCUUGGUGGCAGGAAUUUUGAAAUAAAAAAAGAAAUGAUUCUUUGGGUGGCUCUCUUUGGAGAGAGGGCUGCGGAGAGGGGCAGAGAAGACCGUAGCGGACGCCCACUGCCCCACGCUCUGGUCUCUGCAGCUCUCUCCCCGCUUCCAGCUUAUCUUUCCUCAUUUCUGAGACAUACGCCAACUGUAUGUACACAACACGUUUCCCUUCUUGACAUAUAUGUAUAUACACAUCCAUAUACAUAUAUCAUGUGGUUUCCCUCUCCUUUUUUUUUUUUUUUAAAGAAACAAAGCUAUUGAAAUAAUACCCCAACAGAUGAGCGAGAUGUAUUAUUGUAAAGUUUAUUUUUUUUAUAACAUUGUCUAUAAAGGGAUCGGAGGAGGUGCCUCCUUUGUCCCGGCCCGCCGGGCUGCCGGGCCGUGGGAGGGGGCUCCUGAUGCAUUCACGCUGGCCAGGCUCCAAUAAAUGUCCUCGGAAGCAGCUUGGUUUCUGCCUCACUCCCAUGUGCCUUCUCCCCUGCUUGGUUCCUGGCCCAGCCACACCCUGGUUGCUUACUUGGGGCUCCUGGGGGGUGGGGGGACAUCUGUCAUGUGUGAUCAGUGUGGGUGAUGAAGCUCCGUUAGGAGAUGCUUAUACACGUGGUGGGUCUGAGGUCCCACUGUGCUGAGUCUGUUGCACCCCUCACCUGUCUGUCCCACCUGCCCUUCCCAAUGAGUGCCAGCGCCUUUCAGUGGUUGGUCCCUACCCAGAAGGGAACAAGUGGCCGUGAGGAUGGAGGUAAGGGGACAACUCGUCAUACUUAGGGUGUGUGUCGGUCUGCCCGCUGGGACUCCUGGUUUAUUUAAGAUUGUGAGGCAGGGACCUGGCUUCUUGGGUCCCACCAGGGAAGGAAGACACCAUGGCCCAGCCCUGCUUCUGUUUUCUCCACUUACCACCCAGCCUCCACCAGACACGGGCCUGCAUGUUCUCCGGGAGAGUCUCUCGGAGAGACCAGAAGGAUGCCUGCUAGCUGAGUGUGUACACUUGUGUGGGCCUGCAGGUGCUCACGUGUGUGCCAGUGCAUAUGGCAGGAGAGAGGAGGCAAGAUUGCCAGUGAGGGAUUUUCCUGCUGUCAGCCUGGCCUUCAGGGAUGCACACGAUCCCAUCUUGUCACCUUUGGGAGAUGGGAAGCUGCUUUCCAUUCUCUCAGCCCUGGGUCCCUGCAAGUGGCUCUUGUUUCUGGCCACUCAUGCACUAUGUCCACGGUGGUGGUGAUUGUGAUGUACUGCGUCCCUGCCCCUGCAUGGAGGGGCACUGAGCCAGCCAGCCCUCUUCCCCGUCAUCACUGGCCUGACUGCGUGUGGAGGCAGUUGUGGGGGCCACUUGAGAUCCAUGUGUUUGCAAACAGCAAAGUCUGAUUGACUUAAAGGCUGGGUGGGGGGUGGGGGUGGGGAUGGCUCACAGCAUCAGUGUUCCUAGAACAUUCGCCAAAGAACAUCUGCAGGGCUGGAUGACAGGAUUCUAGGGUCAUCACGCUGCCUGCUCUGUGAUGAAGGACCACCAACCGCCAUCCGUCUGCUCUGGGACCGUGUAUCUACGUCCCACCAUUGUUGAGUGCAAGGAUACGUCACGUCUGGCAUCCCUCAUGGGAAGUAAGCUCUUGGAUUGCAUGACGGGGAAGAGGAAAUUUUCCAAGAAGAAAUGGUGGUGCCAUGAUGAAGGGAGGAAUGGAUUCUGGGCAGCUUUCCUCUGCCUUAAAACGUCUCCCAGGUAUCGCGUAGUUAAACCUUCACCAUUAAAUAUUCAUCCCUUUAGUU